GAAGUAGGUAGUGGUCUUUCUAUCAGUCAGUAUCGACGCGUCCGAUUUGGGUGCAAGUUUGUAUUUUCUGGACAAGUUCGCUGUCGAUUCGAUUUGAUAAGAACUCUAGUAGUUGAACCUGUGGUGCCGUCAUGUGUAGGUUUCAGACAGUCCUCGUCCUGGUACUGGCUAGUGCGGCGUGUGACGCCUGGCUUAUUUCCACGAAAACUUGUAGCGAGGCCCUGACGUCGUAUUGCGGUGACGGUGCAGACAACAACACAGUGUGUGCAGCGUGUCCCAUGUAUGAUGAAGUUCUGUGUAACGCCACUCAAGACCCGCUGCUGUGUCACGGCAACAACAUAAAUCCAUGCGGGGAUACAACCGAGCCAUGCGACUCCUCCUGGGGUUUCAACUAUGGCUGCUAUAAUGGGUAUUGUUGGAGCCAGUGCGUGGGUGAGGGUUACGGUGACGGAGAGUGGUGCUACACAGCCAAGCGACAGCCUGGGCCACGUGUUGACUACACCUGUGAGGAGGACGUUGAAUGUCUCCCAACUGAGCUUCAGGGUAGCAUCCAGUGUUCUGGUAGUUGUGGGCCUUCGGGCUCAAUUGGAAAGUAAAAAGACCAACGCAGUACAGCUUAGGGACUGACUAUUCAAUACUGAUUUGUAGGGUUAGAGACGGGAUAUGAUGUUGGUCACUGUAUGAAGGCUUUGGAUUUCUCUUAAAGGUGGCGCCACAACAUGUUACACGUUUCUAGGAUAUCUAGCAAAGAAAUAGUUCCCAUCCCAACACACACAAUAUCAAAUUGGUCGUCCCUUUACCUCUUAACCUUAUCGAUUAUUCAUAUAUCAGUUGCAAUGUGGAUCAACAAAUAAAAUGUAGAUCCUAA